GUCUUGGAUACUCGCGUGGCACACCUGUUUUAAUUUGUUUUGUUUGUGAGUUAUAAGUGGUGCGAUGACUUCGAAAGUUAAACUAAAUGACGAGCAUGGCCGCUCUGAUUCGUAUCGAGUUGCUACAAUUCCAUCUUCCUUUGACGACAACAAAACUGCAGAUGGCAGACCUAAGUCUCGAAGAAAGGUAAAGAAAGUAAGGAAAGCGGAAGAUUUAGACGACUUAAAACAGGAAUUAGACAUCGACUAUCAUAAGAUCUCACCAGAAGAACUAUAUCAAAGGUUUCAAACACAUCCAGAAAACGGUCUUAGUCAUGCAAAAGCGAAAGAAAAUUUGGACAGGGACGGACCCAAUGCCCUCACACCACCAAAAACAACUCCCGAAUGGGUGAAAUUCUGUAAAAAUCUCUUCGGGGGUUUCGCUCUCUUACUUUGGAUUGGUGCAAUCCUUUGUUUUAUCGCCUACUCCAUACAGGCUAGUACUGUAGAAGAACCCGCAGAUGAUAAUUUAUAUCUUGGCAUCGUAUUAGCUGCCGUUGUUAUCGUUACAGGUAUAUUUUCUUAUUAUCAAGAAAGCAAAAGUUCAAAAAUUAUGGAAUCUUUCAAGAAUAUGGUGCCCCAAUUCGCUACCGUUCUUAGGGAAGGAGAAAAAUUGACAUUACGAGCCGAAGACUUGGUACUUGGAGACGUCGUCGAAGUGAAAUUUGGUGACCGAAUUCCCGCCGACAUCAGAAUAAUCGAAUCAAGAGGUUUCAAAGUAGAUAACUCAUCUCUCACCGGAGAAUCUGAACCUCAAAGUAGAAGCCCCGAUUUCACACACGAAAAUCCCCUGGAAACAAAGAAUCUUGCGUUCUUCUCUACCAAUGCCGUCGAAGGUACUGCCAAAGGAGUUGUUAUUAGUUGUGGAGACAAUACUGUGAUGGGUCGUAUCGCUGGUCUUGCUUCUGGCUUAGAUACUGGUGAAACGCCCAUUGCAAAGGAAAUUCAUCAUUUUAUUCAUCUUAUCACCGGUGUAGCUGUUUUCCUAGGAGUCACAUUCUUCGUUAUCGCGUUUAUUCUCGGUUAUCAUUGGUUGGAUGCUGUGAUCUUCCUUAUUGGUAUCAUUGUAGCUAAUGUACCCGAAGGUCUAUUGGCCACUGUAACUGUAUGUUUAACUCUCACUGCCAAGAGAAUGGCAUCUAAAAACUGUCUGGUCAAGAACUUGGAAGCAGUAGAAACUUUGGGAUCCACAAGCACAAUUUGCUCAGAUAAGACUGGUACCCUGACUCAAAACCGAAUGACUGUCGCUCACAUGUGGUUCGAUAAUCAAAUUAUUGAAGCCGAUACAACUGAAGAUCAAUCUGGUGUGCAGUACGAUAGAACUAGUCCUGGAUUUAAAGCCCUCUCCCGAAUCGCCACUCUCUGUAACCGAGCUGAAUUCAAACCAGGUCAAGAUGGUGUUCCAAUUCUUAAAAGAGAAGUCAACGGAGAUGCAUCUGAAGCUGCUCUUCUUAAAUGUAUGGAACUUGCUCUUGGAGACGUUAUGUCCAUCAGGCGCAAAAACAAGAAAGUCUGCGAAAUUCCAUUUAACUCAACCAACAAAUAUCAAGUAUCUUGCCAUGAAAAUGAAGAUCCUAACGACCCACGUCACAUUUUAGUAAUGAAGGGAGCUCCAGAAAGAAUCUUGGAGAGAUGCAGUACUAUCUUCAUUUGCGGUAAAGAAAAAGUAUUAGACGAAGAAAUGAAAGAAGCAUUUAAUAACGCAUAUUUGGAAUUGGGAGGUCUAGGAGAACGUGUACUUGGUUUCUGCGACUCAAUGUUACCAUCUGAUAAAUACCCUAUUGGUUACAAAUUCAAUUCCGAUGACGCUAACUUCCCUCUCGAUGGCCUUCGGUUUGUAGGCCUUAUGUCUAUGAUUGACCCUCCCAGAGCUGCCGUACCCGACGCUGUUGCCAAAUGCAGAAGUGCUGGUAUCAAAGUCAUCAUGGUGACUGGUGAUCAUCCGAUUACAGCCAAAGCUAUCGCCAAAUCCGUCGGUAUUAUCUCUGAAGGUAACGAGACUGUCGAAGAUAUCGCUCAACGUUUGAACAUUCCAGUAUCAGAAGUCAAUCCAAGAGAAGCUAAAGCUGCUGUUGUACACGGAUCCGACCUUAGGGAUUUGUCUUCUGACCAAUUGGACGAAAUUCUUAGGUACCACACUGAAAUUGUAUUCGCCCGAACAUCGCCACAACAGAAGCUCAUCAUUGUAGAGGGAUGUCAACGCAUGGGUGCUAUUGUAGCUGUCACGGGUGAUGGCGUCAACGAUUCUCCGGCUCUGAAGAAAGCCGACAUCGGAGUUGCUAUGGGUAUCGCAGGAUCGGACGUGUCCAAACAAGCCGCAGACAUGAUUCUACUCGACGACAACUUCGCGUCUAUCGUAACGGGUGUCGAGGAAGGACGACUUAUCUUCGAUAACCUUAAAAAAUCCAUUGCUUACACUUUGACAUCGAACAUUCCCGAGAUUUCGCCUUUCCUCGCAUUUAUCCUCUGUGACAUUCCUUUACCUCUGGGUACCGUUACCAUUCUGUGCAUCGAUCUUGGAACUGACAUGGUACCUGCCAUUUCCCUGGCAUACGAGGAGGCAGAAUCAGAUAUAAUGAAGCGAAGACCUAGAAACCCUUUCAGUGAUAAACUCGUCAACGAAAGGUUGAUAUCCAUGGCAUACGGUCAGAUUGGUAUGAUUCAAGCAGCUGCCGGAUUCUUUGUGUACUUCGUAAUUAUGGCUGAGAAUGGUUUCUUGCCUAUGAAAUUAUUCGGCAUUAGGAAACAAUGGGAUUCAAAAGCAGUCAACGAUGUUACUGAUUCGUAUGGACAAGAAUGGACCUACAGAGACAGAAAGACCUUGGAGUACACUUGCCACACCGCUUUCUUCGUCUCGAUCGUCGUUGUACAGUGGGCCGAUUUGAUAAUUUGUAAGACUAGAAGAAACUCCAUCGUUCACCAAGGAAUGAGGAACUGGGCUCUCAACUUCGGUCUUAUCUUCGAAACUGCACUGGCCGCAUUCCUUUCUUACACGCCUGGUAUGGAUAAAGGAUUAAGAAUGUUCCCUCUCAAGUUCGUUUGGUGGUUGCCAGCCAUUCCCUUCAUGUUGUCCAUCUUCAUAUACGACGAAGUACGACGAUUUUAUCUACGACGUUGUCCAGGCGGCUGGUUAGAACAAGAAACCUAUUAUUAAGUAUUAAUAUCAGAGUACUGCCACUCAGUGGAUGCUGUGAAAGCACAGCUUCGAUAGGGAAGACUUCGUGAAACAUAAUAGCAAACCAGUAUCAACGUGGAGAGGGAAAAUGUAAAAGAUAACGAAGUCUUUACCUAUCGAUAAUUGUACAAACUGUUGCUACUAUAGUAAAUUUGCUGCUUUCUGCAGUUUGAUAUAGUUAAGUCAGGCGUACAGGACCGGCUUCGAUGUCCAUCCGAGUUAUUCGUGUACGCUUUAGCUAUUUAUUAAUCUAAUUAAUUUCGUAACAAAUUACAAAAUAGGUCAUGUGACAAGAAAAAGUAUGAACCUUAACCAAUAACAAUAAAACACUGUCUGAUGAAGACGUUUUAGUCGCAGAAGCGGUAUUAUACAUUCCAUUAUUUGGGGACUACAGUUGCCUUAGUGCUGUUUGUCGUACAGAGUAGGAAUUAUAUGUUUUUCUUUUUAAAAUGACCUUCAUUGAACACUUUAACCGAAAACUAAUGAGGUAUCCGUACUGUUUUUAUUGUAUACUUAGGAAAAGUUGUUAUAUAAGCUGAUAUAAGCUGUGUGAGGAUAUUGUCAUUAUUUUUCUGGUUAUCAGCAAGGGAGAAGAGUCUAUUUUUAAUGAAAAUCAUGUAUAAUCGAAUGGGUUUAAUAACAUUGGUCUAAUUAUGUAAUAUCGAUAACCAAAAAGCGUUCUAAUAUCAUUCGCGGAUAAGAUCUGACGUUUUUAUAUCCAGAUAUUCGGUUCUGUUAUAAGAACUCUUUUCUAUAUUCUAAAAAAUCCUUUCGGUAUCAUGUUUUUUACCAUUAACAUCCCAAAACAACUUUAAACUCGACUUUUUUCUUGUUCUAAUCAUACAAUUUCGAUUAAGUGCCAUAAAAAAAUGAAAAAAUAUAUUUUUAAUAAGUUGGAUUUUUUAUAGAUUUUAAAUAUCUCUCUAAGAGCUCUCUAAAAUAUAUAAACUAAAGUAAUAAUUAAUCAAAAUAUAUAAAAAAAUAUUGAGUUACAUGCAGGAUGAGUGUGGAGGACGGUAACAACUAUCAGGAGUGUUAUACACAUAGAAACAAUUAACAUAAUGUGAAAUGUUUGUUUUUUUUUAAAUUUAUUUCAUAUCUUCCAUAAAGACACAUCUAAACGUGGGCUGUGAGGUCUGGAGAAGUGAAGAUAAAAUUAUAGGUGAUAGCAUUACUUAAAUAUCGCAUUACCGACCAAAAUUUGCAGGUUUUCCAAGAAAACCAGAAGACAAAGCUAAGCCUGUAAAAUAAUAUAUGAAAAUUCGUCUUCAUUUUUCUCUCUAUAUACUAAUUGUUGGGGGCAAGGUUGUUUGCAAUCGUCUUUGCUGUUUGGAAAUUCUGGGUCCAUUGAUCUGACCAAAAUAUGCAUACUUCACCAUCAUAAAAUACGCUCUUCUUGAUGUGGACAUUUUAAUACUUUAAAUUGGUUCUUAAAAAUGAAGAAUCAAUUAAAUAGUAUUGACUGUACGACAGAAGUUUAAGCUAGACUAAUUUGGUUCAUAUAUUUUUGAAAGAAUGCGGAGUUAUGUAGCCAUUCUUCAUGUACUGUCACGUCCGCAGAAUAGAUCUAAGAAAGUAAAACAAAAAAAAACUACGGAAUUACCAGUGGUUGAUUAUGAUGAUUACAAGAGCUGACGAAAAAAAAAAACAAUAUUGUAACAUAAAAAGAACAUGAAAAUAUUAAUCAAAAACAAAACAUUUCGUAACUGACAAAGACGUUAUAUCUAACUUACAAUAAAAAGUGAACAACAUUUUAAGAAAACUUAUUUAUUAAUAAAUCGAAAACAAACAAAAAUUUUAUAAACAUCAACACAUUUUUGUCGAGUCAGAGUAAAAUACCAACCGUUAAUCGUUUUGACCUGAAACAAUACUCCAGAAGUUUGUUACGUUAGCUCCACUAGGCUUUUAUAAAAAAAUUGGAAAUACUUAACUCUCUUUUAACAUUGGUAGUCGAAAUUCCAUGAUUCGAUCGUUUUUUAAACCCAAUUGCGGAAUAAAAGCGGCGUGGUACCUCGGUGGCCUGCCGAUUUCGUUGCCUGUUAGGGUAUGCCACUGAGGCGCUACGCGUUGUUCGUCGACUUCGUGAAGAAAGAGAAUUUUUAGUACUAUUUAGGCUUUGAACACUUAGGUUAGCUAGAUUGUAACUGUGUUGUUAUUCGUAUUAAGUGUCAACCAGGUCGUGCUCAAUACACAACAUGACUAUAAUUCUCACAAUUGUAAACAUUACAUUCAAAACUACAGUUACAUGUAGAGUGCUCUUAAAAUCCCUUCUUUAAAAGUCUUUACGUUACUAAGAGUUAAUUUUGAAAAAGAUAUUUACAACGUUAAAAUUUAAACCAUAUAUUUAACACUACUAUAUUGCUCUGCUGAAUGUACAAGUACCAUUAUUACAACGGGUUUCUAUAAAAGUUAUAAACGUCAACAUAGACGUACAUUAAAUUCUUGUUUCAUCCUCAAACAUGUGUACUAAGCCGUCACUAGCGAUAAGCAAGACAGUUAAACCAUCGGUACAUCUAUCUAUCUAUAUAGUAUUGUUAAAUAUUAUUUAUAUCACUUUAUUAUCGUUAAACUCUUUAUUUAUAUAUUGUUCCAUACAACCUAGCCACAAAACUCAUAUAAGUUAUCGCUCUUCAGUAGGUAAUGGAUCGCUAAACAGUGAGAAAACUUGUAUCUGAAUACGAGUACUAGCCCCACUGCUGACGCCAUUUUUGGCAUGACAGCUGACAUACAGUCUGAGUAUUUUGACCUCUAGACGGGGCUUGUAACGCUAUUUAAAUAGAAAACUUUCUCACAGUUUAGAGACGCAUCACCGACUCUUUUUUAUCAAGUUGACUGAAUAUCUCUAUAUCUCAUUAUCUGUUUUCGUACGUAUAUCCCUCAACGACUUCAUAGUCGACUUGUUGCGGAAGUUUUUUUUUCGGAGAUGACGUGACAAUAUUUUUGAACCCUAAUGCAAAGAAGGAUCUGAGUCAACCAAAUAUUCGGCGUUACUAUGUUUAAAAAUAUUUAUUUGGCGCAAAUCCAUUUUAUAUUUAAACUACGAAUGUUCGAACAAUGUCUAUAUGUUUUCAUAGUUUUUUAUUGUUAAAAGUUGAUUGGUCGUUUUGUAAUUGUCAUCAUAUCGUUUAUGAAACUACAUUUUAAAUAUUUUUUGACAUAUUCUAAGGAGGAAGUCAACAUUUUUAUUGUCUUACCGCAGGUAUAGCCCUGGAAAAAUAUAUCUACAUCUAUAUCUAGCUACAUCUUGAAGUAUAUAUUACUGUUUUUUGGCAGGUUGCGCGCGCAACUGUGAAGAUUGUUACCUAUAAAUGUUUUUGGUGUUACAUUUAUAGAUGUAUAAAAGGAUACACAUAAUGACGAUAGAGUACCAUAUUGUUGGAAAAUAAUAAACUUUGACCACAACAUACUGAUCUACAGCACAGUCUUGUCUUCAGAUUGGUUGCGUGAUACAACAAACUCUAAAAAAAUAGUUGAUGUAAGAGUUAAUCUUUGUUUAUCGGCAUAAUCAAGUUAGGUCUAGGAAUCAAUGUGGAUGUUUUUUUAUAUUUUUUACCUGGUUGCACAAGCUUUGGAAAACUUUAUCUACACAUGCACUUAUAGAAUAUUGGAGUGGAACUUGAUCCUGCUAGAAAAUAACAAAUUUAAACCUUUCAAUUGGAUCACAUCUUGAUCUAUAGGCUUGUUUUAACAGAAUACGCGCACAUCGAUAUGAAGUUGGUUGCUUAUCAAUAAAUCAUUGCUACACCUGGCACGACAAAUAAGAAUAAUUUGUGGUGUUGCAUUUUAUGGAAGUCUAAAACUACUAAUUACUUUAUAAGUACACGUUUCUUCUGGAUUCUUACUAUCUGUUAUCUAAAGUUAGACUAAAAUGUGUGGCAGGCUUGUUUAUCUUACCCCACCAUCUAAACUAACUCUUAUAACAGAUACUGGCUAGUUUAAUUAUAAAAUGAACUUUGCAUUAGGGUAAACGAAACGGUUUUUUUUCAGGGAUCUAUAGUUUUGUUAUCAUUUCGUAAAGCGAUUUUGAUUUUAAAGUUUGAGGAUGUAUAAAACUGCCAUUUUCAUAAUGUAACUACCUAUAGAUCUAUUGUUAAAUAAAAUAUUUUGAAAAUAUAACUAAACUAGGAUUACAAAUUUUAAGAUAGAUAUUAUAAUAACCUUCUAUGUAAAAGUAUUUUUGUGGAUUUCAAAAUGAAAAUGGCAUGGUUCAGUGAGCACCUUCUCAUGCAGCAGGUAGUGCUCGGUUUCCAUACUUCGUUUUGUAUAUAUACUUUCAUCAUUUUUACCCACUGCGAGGGUUCGUCGUUUCAAAUAAUACUCGGAACGCGCCCUGAUGAAGGUCUGCUUUUGUAGAGUUUUAUUUUUUCAUGCGUCACGCUCUGGUCUAAAGACCGGUGGACCACGGUAUUGUUAUCUGACUGUAAAUAGUUUUAAGUGAAUCACUUAAUUAUUUUUUGCUUGUGUUCUUUUCACAUUCAUGUUUUAGUAAGUGAUGGAGCUGUAUACAUUUGGGUUUUAAUAAAAUGAAUGAUAGUAU